AUGCAUGUACCACGACAUCCUCAUUCAAUUGCCCUAAGUUCAAAAAACCUAGGACCAAUCUCCACCUUGUCCCCAUUCUCGGCAUUAAUCAUCUCCCUUGUGCUGGUCAUAUUAUUCCUCAUUCGUUUUUACAUUCUCGAAGGAUUUCUCAUUCGCCGUUUGUAUGGAUCUGUGUAUACAGGAUUGAGCGAGCGAAACCGCCGGGGAUUUAUCAAUCACCAUAUUUCCGGCUUCACCAAGAUCCUCAUACUCAUUAUUGCCGCUUACCCUUUUAUCGGUGUCACCUUCUGCAAUGGAACCUCGUUCCAGACGCCUUUCGCUCAUGGCUCCAUAGUCACACUAGGGGAUAUCUUGGUCAUUGCUGCACAGAUGUUGAUCGGAAUGUAUAUCUUCGAGCUAAUCUACCGCACGGAACUGUCGCCGGUCGCCGUGAUGCAUCACAUUGGCACCAUAUUUAUUGGCCAAGCUGCGAUUGCAAUCAGUUUACGGCCACUACGCGAACCCGAUGCAUAUAUCGAGUUCGUACUUUGCACGGUCUGGGGGGCGUUUGAUAUUAUUUCGGAAUUCUUUCCCCACGUGGCCAUCAUUCUAUACCGUGUCUUUCCCAAACGCCACAGAUUCCUCAGCAAGGUCUUCUUCUUCUCUUGCCUCACGACAGCAACUGGAACGCUUCUCGAGACCAUGGUCACAAUGUGGCUGUUCGGCAGCCUAUGGGAACAUUGGAGGCUUGCCUUCAAAGUGGUAACCCCGAUGCUACAUGUUGCUUUCUCUGCAGCCCAGAUCCAUGGUAGUUUGGUCUUCUGGCGAAUGUACCGCCGACAACAGGGGUUUCUGAAUGACGCCGAUACUGAGGCGGGAGGAACCAACGUUGUAGGCGAGGGUGAAGCCUCGGUGAUCGACGCUCAAGACCGAAGUCAGCACAGAGACAUUACGGAGAAGGUCACUGUACCAGUUGAUUCUGUUGAGUCUCAUGGGGCUGUUGCAGAGGCACGGUAG